AUGUCGACAUCGCCGGAUUCGCCCAAGUUCACUCUGCCUCGUUCCUCAUCCAAGAUGGCGAUCGGACACCUCGUCCACGACGUAGAUCUAUCCGACAAGGAUUUGAGCGACCUUGAACGGGAGCUUCAAACACGACAUCAUGAGCGCAAGUCCCUCCCAACAGAAUGGCUCAUCCCAACACGAACCCCGUCGCCCAGUGAACUCAUGUACGUUGACGAGGUGCCAGAGUCGCCAAUAUUGGAACGUCCAGCUCGACCAGUCAGCGCUGAUUCCACGUUUGACAUGUCCUUUGGCCUUCGUCGUCGCGCUGGUCAGAUCUUGCGAGAGGAUCGCCCAGCGUCAUGCUUGCCCUCCCUCCCCCACGCCGAUUUGACUCCACCGCCAGCGGUGCCUAAGGCCAAGUCCAUGAGCGCGCUCCGUGUAACUGCUGAAGAGGAAAUGGAGGUUAACCGCCUGCUCGGAAUCCAGGCGCGCUGCGCUCCAUUGUCUCCGCCGCUCCCCCUUACGCUUGCAGCUCUCGAGGACGUCAUCAACACAUCUUGCCCGUCUGUGGAGUAUGGUGGUUGUGACAAGCCUCUGGGCCCGGUACGGUCGCCGGGUUCCAAGAAUCUCACUGUGUUGGUGGAGGACUGGGAGCCGGAAUCGCCCACGCCGGUUCGGACAAUCGCUUCCCAGAACCCAAGAGGGCAGCCUCGCAAGUCGGGAAGUGCUUCUAACGACGUUGUCAACGGCGGGUCGAACGACAGCGCGGUCUCAAAGUGCAAUCUCAGUACCACUCCGACCAUUCCCUCCCGCUCAUCGAGCCUGUUCGUGGAGGGACCGCAUGGGAACUACGCAGACCAUGGAUCUCCCUCUCCAGUCACCUCACAAGAAUCCCGGCAUACGACGGCAGUCAAGCAAGCAAGCUCUAUGGACAAGGCCGUCUCUUCCCUCGCUGAGAUGUUGAAGGAUACCCUCGUUAUUGCGGAUCCGAGCGAGCGGCGCCCUUCUCCAUCCUCGAAGAGUGAUCUGGAUUUCGACUUUCCGGAAGACGCCAUGUGGUCAGACGAGGUUGUCGCUGGCAAUACGGCGUUCAACAACGAGAACGGCCACUUCGAGCAGGAGCGCCUCCUUCCAAUGGGCUCUCCGGUACUCCACGAGUCUAUGACCUGGCGGGAAGCACACGGCCUCACUGACGCCGACUGGGGUGAUGCCAACGGCGGGGGGUCUGAGAUGGACGUGGGCUCAAAAGACCCAUCGUCACCUGACCUACUCGAUAUCGAAAGUGCGUUUGGUCAGAGGAGCUCGUUCACUCCCGCCCCGCUAGGAUACGUCCACAUCGACGAAUUGUCUUUCUCAUCGGGCGCCCUGUCUCACCUAUCCUCGGGCGCACGCACCGACUCCUUUGGGUCGGUCGUCGACAGCGACAGCGACGGACAAGCGCACGACACCGACAUCGAUGGCCACAAGCCUGAGGCCUCGAUCGAGUCUGAUCCAAGCCGCGCCAUUUUGCCAUGUACGUGCUGCCCCAACCCCAGCAAAAUGUCAUUCCUUUAUAUGCACCGCGGACCACUGCCGACCAUCGCGGAGGUGAGUGACGAGGAAUCGCCAACCGCCCAGUCACGGUUCUGGAGCACGCGCGAGCAGCUGGUCAUGGCGUCGGCAACAUAG